AUGUUCCUUGUGGCACUUCCUUAUGCUGUCCUGCACGGUGGCUACUGGAGUGUCCUGUCUCUGGUCCUUGCCGCAGUCAUCACUUGCUACACUGGAUUGGUUCUCGUGGACUGUCUCUACGACACCAACGCAAUCACCGGUGAGAGGGUCCGGGUCCGUCAGACCUAUGUUUCAAUUGCUGAAGAGGUGUGGGGUAAACGAUUUGCCUCACGGAUCGUCCACACUGCGCAGUUCAUUGAGCUGAUCAUGACGUGUAUCCUGUACCUGGUACUCUGCGGCGAUCUGCUCUACAACACCAUUCGGCACACACCACUUCGGGAGAGCGCCUGGACACUCAUAGCCUGCUUCUUCGUGUUGCCGUGCGCUUUCCUGCGGAACCUCAAGGCCGUUUCACGUUCCAGCUUCGGAAACGCCAUCGCCCACGUGAUCAUCAACGUCAUAAUCCUCGGAUACUGUUUCGCUCAAGCAGGUCACUGGCACUGGAAGGACACCAGUCUUCGGAUUCACAUCCAUUACUUCCCCGUAUCUCUCGGGAUCGUCGUUUUCAGUUACACCUCUCACAUCUUCCUGCCAAGUCUGGAAGGCAGCAUGGUGGAUCGACGCUACUUCAAACGGAUGAUGCUGUGGACGCACGGUCUCGCCGGAUUCUUCAAGGCUUUCUUCGGCUACGUCUGCUACCUGACCUUUGGCCUCAGCACACAGGAAGUCAUAUCGGAUAAUCUUCCAACCCAUUCCUUUCGCUCUCUCGUCAAUAUAGUUCUUGUAGCCAAAGCGCUGCUGUCGUUCCCGCUUCCUUACUUCGCAGCCGUCGAACUCCUGGAGCGGGCGUUCUUCCAGGGUCGUCCUACAACCGUCCUACCAUCCUGCUAUUCUCACGAUGGCAUGCUCACGGUUUGGUCAAUCCCGCUCCGGCUGCUCCUCAUCUGCGCCAGUGUUCUCCUAGCUGUUUUCAUACCGCACUUCGCCAUCCUCAUGGGGCUUAUAGGAAGCUUUACUGGGACCAUGUUGUCGUUUGUCUGGCCAUGUUGGUUUCAUCUUAAAUUAAAGUGGUACGAACUGAAAUGGUGGAACAAAGCAUUAGAUAUCACCAUCAUGCUAGCUGGUGGCGGAUGCGGUUGUAUAGGAAUCAUUUAUUCAUUUGAAGCUCUUAUCCAAACGUAUAUUUCUUCAUAGCUAUGUGAUGUUCUAACCAAUCGUAUUAGGCACAGAUGUAAAUACCUUGAAAUUGUUUUAUCAGAGUGUUAUAACAGACUAUCUAAUGUGAGAACUAUUGCCUAUGAUUUGCCAUUGUUGGAGAUAUUUAGUAGUGGUGUCUUUGUUUUAUGGUGCCGAAUUACUUUGAUAAAUUAUGAAAUCAUUGAACACUCACUAUAUUAAUUCAGAGUCCAGGUAACCUCAUAGGUAUCAAUAAAAUUACGAAGACAUUUACAUGUAAGGGCAUUUGGGGGUUUCUUUUUAUCAAUAGCACACUAGUAAUUCUCCUGAGGACGACAAGAACACACUUGCCGAAACGUCGAGAUUGGGUGGUCCUUUUCAGGACCAACACUUGCCCAAGACAGAUACAUGGUGUACCGUGAAAACUACUUCACUUUUCUUCUUCGCCAUGGAAACCUUCUGAAGUUACACUAGUAAUAUAUUAUCACGACAACAUUUGGGAGUCCUUCCUGAUAAGAAAAAAGGAUAACGGGACACUCAAAAUUGAUUUCCAAAUUUAUGAAGAGGAGGAAAAGGGUGUUUAAAUCACAUUGCAUCCCACCCUUGUUUACCACGCAUCUUUUCCUUUCCCCCCUAAUUAUUAAAUCGACUUAUGAGUAUAUUUAACAUCAGGGGCCCAUCUCACAAAGAGUUACGAUUGAUCCGAUCGAUCGUAACUCUAUAGAAAUCCAUCUUUUGUUUCUACCGGAAAUUUGGAAAAUGCCCUUUGUUAACAAAUGGGAACAUACCGAGUUGUCAAGAAAACAAUGAAUUUAUGAAUAAACGGCAUAUCUAGAAAACAUUUGAAAAACCGACAAAAAACCCAUUUCAAAUGCUGACGCUGCUGGCUUUCCAUAGUUGUGCUUGAUCGGAUCAAUCGCAACUCUUUGUAAGACGGGGCCCAGGCGAUUAUCUUCAAAGGCGUUAUUUUCAAAAUCGAAAGUAAUGUCCUUUAUUUUUUUUACAUUGUAACAUCUAACAAGUUGUCGCCAGAAUAUGACCCUGGGUAAAACGCAUGCCCUAAACAUGUUUGGCUAGUCUUAAAAAAAUGUUUUUGGAAAGAAAACACAUACACUGGCCUGCCAAUAACCUCCCCCCCCCCCCACCCCGACAAAAUUUGAAAACUGAAUGUUAUAGCCUGGGUAAUAUUGAUAUUAGGUAUAAUCUUUUAUUUUUCCCUUCCUUUUAGUAAUAAUUUAGGGUCUGUAGAAGGAAGCAUGCGUGUACACAAUAGGGGAAGGAGGGGGGCGGUUGCCCUGUCAUUUUGAAAACUUACAAUUUUUUACUGAAAAGUUUUAUAAAAUUCACCAAUAGUAGGGCUAUACAUGAAAUCCUUGCGCUUCAAUUUACAAAAUGCAAAAGCACCUAGUUGACAAGCUCGGUCGCCUCGCUCUCCCGCUUUCGAGGAUUUACGCGUCGUGCAACCCCCCCCCCCCUCCCCCGCCAGUCAAAAGAAAAAAUUUGCGUGUGACCAUGCCCGAAAGUGGAGAUUUUCGAAUGAUCAUCUGUACAGAGAAUCGGUAAAAUUAUGGUCAGCCGUUGCUGAUCAGAAGAAGACCAUUUGGGCAUACGACACUUGAGAUAAAAACAAAUCUAAGCCACAGAUGGACGCAUCUGAUUUGCUACAUGAUGCAUAAUUCGUCUCACCACAGAUACGAUGUUAUUACACUGAAAAAGAUGUUGAUUUAACACACAUUUUAUAUUUCUACUGACGUAUUACAACAUAUAGUGUACGUUUACAAAAGAUUUUAGUUAUAACCUAGUCUUACAAAGUAUUAUGUUUUUUUUAAUUCAUGUGCAAUAUUCAUUAUUGUCCAAUCAAUAUACUCGUAAUUCCAAGUGAGUGUCAGUGCACUAUGCAGUCUAGUUUCUCCGUCGGUUUGAAACUAGAUAAUUGAGUAGCCUAAUAAAAAGUGAGUUUGUUAUUGAAA